CUCCGCGUGCUCCUCAGUCUGAACUCUUCACCGGGGGUCUCGAGCUCCGCUCUGUUCAUACCGCGCUCUUUAAACCGGAGGAUUAUGGGACAGCGGAACCCGGACCGGACCGACUCUGUACGGAUCAGACAGUGACGCUGCCCGGUAUUUCCCCCGCGCGCGCGGCGCUCCGGAGCUUCCCGUGACCCGCUGUUCUCCCGCCGCGGCUCGAGCCCCCCGUCUGUCCCGCGUGAGGACCCGUGCCCGGGUGGAGUGGAAUAAUGGGGUGCUGCAGCGCGCGCUGCUCGCUCAUCUUCCUCUGCACGCUGCAACUGAUGGUGGCACUCGAAAGGCAGGUGUUUGAUUUCCUGGGUUACCAGUGGGCUCCCAUCUUGGCCAACUUCUUCCACAUCAUCGUCGUCAUCCUUGGCCUUUUCGGCACCAUCCAGUACCGCCCGCGCUACAUAGUGGUGUAUGCUGUGUGGACGGCUGUGUGGGUGGCCUGGAACGUCUUCCUCAUCUGUUUUUAUCUGGAAGUGGGAGGACUUUCUAAGGACAGUGACCUCUUGACCUUUAACAUCUCUGCGCAUCACUCGUGGUGGAGUGAACAUGGUCCGGGGUGUGUACGUCGAGAGAUGCCCCCUAGUGGAAUGCGCAGCGCCGACACGCACUCGUAUGUGUCGGUGAUGGGCUGCCUGCUGGAGUAUCAGUAUAUUGAAGUUCUCCACAGCGGCUUCCAGAUCCUCCUCUCGCUGCUGGGCUUUGUGUACGCCUGCUACGUCGUGAGUUCCAUCACAGAGGAGGAAGACAGCUUUGAUUUUAUUGGUGGAUUUGAUCCAUUCCCCCUCUACCAUGUCAAUGAGAAACCAUCCCAUCUUCUCUUAAAGCCCAUGUACCAGUCUACGUAAGUGAAAGUGUGCUCUGCUGCACAGAGGAAGCAGUGAUAAUUCCCGUGUGAAUUUCUCCGGAUUCCUCCGUCAUUCAUCUCUCAUCCCUCCAUACUUCCUCCUCCUCCGUCCGUCCGGCUGCCGUCCGUCUUGCUCACCUUGUGAACGGCCCUCUGGGAAGAGGCGGAGUCUGGACAUUUGCAUAAUGUUAACCUGGGACCGAGUGCAGUACGUGUGUUACCUAUAGAGCAGCUGCAGAACUACAGCACCUAAAAUAUUCAGCUACAUCCAUCCUGUGGGGGCAGCAGAAUGGAAUAUAUGAGCGGAUAAUGAGUAUGGAUCGGAUCAUCAUCACCACUCUGCUGUGGACAGUACCUAUCAAUAAUCAAUCAAUCAAUCAAUCAAUCAAUUGUCUAUAGAAUCUACAUCACACUAUAAUCCAUAAGUGUGGGCAGCAUAACAUUACUGAUGCAUUAAUUGAUUGUGGGUCAUUGAUUGAUUCAUUUUGUAUUACUACCUUGUAGCUGAAUAUACAGGCAUGCCAAAAGUCAUCGAAUGGGAACCAGUAUUGGGUCACAUGACUUUUAUCAUGUUCAAUGUAGAAAUGUUGUAAAAGUGUUAAGUUAAAUAAGUAAUUUCAGUUUUUUUUAAUUGUACAUAGCUCUAUCCAUUUUGUUUGUAUUUUUAUUUUUUUGUACUUUGUUCUGUUUGUAUUUUUGCUGCAGUAGCUCUCAAUCAAUACUUUUUAAACUUUAGUUAUGGUCAUGUUUGUGUGAUAGCCACAGCAAGCAGCGAUUAUGUUUUACUAGUAUUAAAAUAAAAUAAUAAAAUUAAUAACCAUAAAAACAAGAA